AUGCCACAUACUGCUACGAACGAUAUCGGUCGAGUUGCAAAUGAGGUUGAUCCAUUGGUCAUCGUCGAAGUAGAAGCACCUGAGUCUUAUAGUCCGAAUGAAAUUGCUAAGAUACUUAGCGAUAUCUUAGGAAAGUCAGUACCAGCAACUGUGAUGUCAGAAGAUGAUGUACAAGCAUUCUGUAUAAAAUGCGAAUGGCCAAAGGUCACAGCUGACAAUUGGAUUGAAAUGUUCAAAGGAUUUAAUGAUGCCACUAUUUGUUAG